GACUCUGACCCAUGCAGUUUAAUUGGUGUGUAGAAAUUGACCUAACAGACAUACGGUAGGUGCAAUGAAUAUCAGAUUUUUACUUAACUUAAGCAGCAAACAGCUAGUUGUGUGAGCUGCAGACACAAGGAGAGCCAUAAACUUUUAUUUCAAUGCUAUGUUGCAUACAAAAUUAUAUUUCAGCCUCCCACAGUGACCAAAAAAAACUUCAUUUGUUCCUUGGGGGCCUGUGGGAGCUGUUGUGCAGGUUUACAAAGACAGACAGACAUGGAUUAAGAUAUAUUUGUCUCUCUUGUCCUGUGUCUCGACAUGAGAUGAAGGCCCUGCAUUCUUCAGGCUUUGUGCAGACGGACAGAGACAGUAUCAGAAUGCACCUUUAGCCUGGAUUUGGCCAAUAAAUGUUGACUGUGUCCACCUAGUCUGAACAAAGGAAAUUGUCUGUCUGUGGCUGGUGUGUGUGUGUGUGUGUGUGUGUGUGUGUGUCAGUGGCACAGAGGUGGUUCGUGACUCUGCUGUCAGAGUCAAAUUGCAGCGUGUCUGAUAUGUAUCUGUCCUGGUUCGAACCUGAGCCACUGCGGUAAGACUCAGCCUUCAUGGUACGCGGCCUACCAGGUGAGCAACCACAUUGUUGUGGGUUUGAAUGUGGCCUGGGAUCAGUGUCAACUCUGCUAUUGCUUCUCUGCUCGUAUCAGCUCUCUGUUGAACACAAUCACCUGAAGUUCAAGAGACAUAAUAUCAUUCUUGUGGCUUCAAUGUGCACUCCUUUGUGUUUGAUAAAGAAAAACUUCUUUGUUGCCCAUUAAAACCUUGAAGUACAGUUUAAACAGGAAGUCUACCCUGACAUCCACUGUACAAGAAUAGUUAGUUAAUCCCUGAAAGACUAAAUAUAAACAUUAAUUAAAAAUUUGGAUUAUUUUUGUUUUUUUAUAUAUAAGGUUUGUUACACAACUACGAUUCCUGCUGAAAGGUUUGUUAUACAACAGGGGCAGGGUUUCAGGGGCCCCUAAGGACAAAACACAAGGAAAAAUUCCUGACAUACUGCUUACAUCAAAAGCCACAUGCACAAGAAUGAAAGCAUAAAGUUGAACUAUUGUACUACUACUUUUGUAUUUGCAACAUUCUAUAUUUGGUAUAAAUGUCCUUAAUGUGGGUGGGUUUGUAUGCGAGGAGCAUUUGCAUUCUCCUUCUCUCCUCCCUCCCUUUUGUCCUUAUGGGCCACCGUAGAUCUGGUUUUGGAACUCUAUAUACGUGAAUUACAAACACAAAUUUGGGAGAGAUCGCAGUACACUAACUGUUAUGAGGACUGUUUGAUUCAUGAUAGUAGAUGGAAAUCAUUUUGGGGGAAAACAAUGGAACUGGAGGUUAAUACAUCACAUGACAUUGCUGACCAAUUGAAGGCAACAGUGGGGGGGGGGUCUUUGAAUGAAUUUAGUUGGCCAGGCUGAAAAUGCUGAUCAAGGUCAAAUGUGGUGCUUUGUUUAAGUCACAAACUUGUCACCUUGAACAUGUGAACACGCCAAAUAUAAUUAUGUUUGGAGUAUGCAUCUGACCUGACCAAGCACCCAGAUGCCAGGCCAUGUGAAUACAACAAAACCAAACCCAACCUGAAGUUCGUCCAAUUGCAAAACAUACUAACCCAAUCAAGACUGGGGAAUGACAACUCUCAAAAACUGAUUUCAAUCCCAGUGGGAUGCAAAGUGGCUGCUGCAGAUAGAAACUCUCAACAACUUUCAGAAACUUUUCCUUAAAUCACUGAGUGACACCCCACACGACACUCAUGACUCAGUUUCUAAGCUCCAGGCUAAGCAAAUUAGGCUACGCAAUGCUUUGAAGAGGGUGGGCCGGAUCUGUAAAUGACACAAGAUGUUCUGGAUCUUGAUUCCUGGGGAGCGUCAACUCCACUCAGGCUAUUUUCAGUGUCUCUCUCUGAGAUUAUAACACCAUAAAACUAGUCCAGCCGGUUUGGGCGCUUGGCUGGAAAAUUCCACAUUCUUGAGUGGUUCUAGCUCCUGUGCUGUAUUGCUGGUAUUUCCUAGUUGUUUUAUGCAGAGAUGCUGCCAUGUAGACCCGACUGGGGUCCAUCAUGAGGGGCCAUCUGGUCCCUCAAACCCAGAUCAGAUGGUAGGCCUGGGAUGAGGAGAUAUACUGGAGAGAAGUAGCACCGCCUUCCGCCGCUAGAGGGCGGAAAAAGACAAAACUGAUGUAGGCAUUAGUGAGGAGACGCCGACCUAAAAGCAGGGGCUGGUCUUGACGGAGGAGGGCCAUCAUGCCACAGUUUCAUAGUUUUUUUGUACACGCAUAGAGUGGAGAUACCAGAAAGCACGCUGCUCUGACUCACCAACAGACACACCGCAGACUCCUCGUGGCUGAGCCCGGCAUCACACCGCACCGACAGAGAGGAAGAACUGACCGGCCGCGGUGCGAGAGAGUCCGCAAACCGGGAAGCUUUGUGUGUGAGGAGGAAGAAAGAGGAAACUCAGCCAACGAUGUCGGGGUCCAAAAAGAGAAACUCAAAUUCCUCGGCAGACAGGGAAGAGGACAAGCAAGUCACGGAAAGGAUGCUGUCCCCGGGUAACAAGAGCCCCAACAACGCCGCCGGAGGAGAGGGAGGGGAGGACGGGGUCGUCCUGAAGAGGAACAUCACUCUGUUGAACGGCGUGGCCAUCAUCGUGGGCACCAUCAUAGGCUCGGGCAUCUUUGUCACACCAACCGGCGUGGUGAGGGAGGCCGGCUCGGUGGGACUGUCCCUGAUAGUGUGGGCGGUGUGUGGGGUGUUCUCCACAGUGGGAGCCCUCUGCUACGCGGAGCUGGGGACCACCAUCACCAAGUCCGGCGGGGACUAUGCCUACAUCCUGGAGGUGUACGGCUCCCUGCUGGCUUUCCUCAAACUCUGGAUCGAGUUGCUCAUCAUUCGGCCGUCCUCGCAGUACAUCGUCGCCUACGUUUUCGCCACCUACCUCCUCAAGCCACUGUUCCCCGUGUGCCCGGUGCCGGAGGACGGGGCCAAGGUCGUGGCCUGCCUCUGCAUCCUCUUGUUGACGUUUGUGAACUGCUACAGUGUGAAGGCGGCAACCAGAGUGCAGGACUUCUUUGCAGCGGCCAAGCUCCUGGCACUUGGACUCAUCAUCAUCAUCGGCUUUGUCAAGAUUGGCCAAGGUGAGACAGACGGUCUUCUUCCAGAAAAUUCCUUCAAGGGGUCAAAAUAUGAGUUUGGCAGCAUGGGCCUGGCGCUCUACAGCGGUCUGUUUGCCUACGGUGGCUGGAACUACUUGAAUUUUGUUACUGAGGAGAUGAUUGAUCCUUACAAAAACCUUCCUCUUGCCAUCAUCAUCUCUCUGCCAAUAGUGACCGCAGUGUACGUUCUGACCAACCUGGCAUAUUUCACCACCCUCUCCCCUGAGCAGAUGCUGAGCUCAGAGGCCGUGGCUGUGGAUUUUGGUAACAGCCACCUGGGUCCGAUGGCAUGGAUCAUCCCGGUGUUUGUAGGACUGUCCUGCUUUGGAUCAGUUAACGGCUCUCUGUUCACAUCAUCCAGGUUAUUCUUCGUGGGUUCCCGGGAGGGUCACUUGCCGAGCCUGCUGUCAAUGAUCCACCCCACCCUGCUGACCCCGCUGCCCUCACUUAUUUUCACUUGCUUGAUGACGCUGCUCUACGCCUUCUCCAACGACAUCUUCUCUGUCAUAAACUUCUUCAGCUUCUUCAACUGGCUCUGCAUCGCCAUGGCAAUCGUUGGGAUGAUGUGGCUACGUUAUAAGAAGCCAGAGCUGGAGCGACCAAUCAAGGUGAAUAUUCUGCUGCCGGUGAGUUUCGUGCUCGCCUGCCUCUUCCUCAUCAUCGUCUCCUUCUGGAAGACUCCAAUAGAGUGUGCGAUUGGCUUCGGCAUCAUCGCUACUGGAAUUCCCGUUUAUUUAAUCGGUGUGUGGUGGAAGAGCAAACCCAAGUGGCUGCUGUAUGGAAUCUUCUCGACCACAGCCUUGUGUCAGAAGGUGAUGGAGGUGGUGCCUCAGGCGUCGUAAAAGGCCUCGCCCUUUACUCCAGCCAGUGGCCAGUCGGGUUGCACCAACAAUGACCUCUUGGCUCUGACAUCGCAGCUGAUAAAGCUUGACCUCUGUUGACUCCUUUCAUCCCACUUUCUCUCACACAUGCCCUGUCUGCAGGGCUCUGAUAAGGACCUGAUUAAGACAGUGUCUUAGUGGUCUUCAACAAUUUUUCUGUUGUUUCUUGCUAUAUGAUGCUGACAUUUUUGGGUUGUUAUUUGAGUAUUGACUAUUUUUAGUCUCUAACUAUCCUUUGUAGGCUGUUAUGCGUGGUUGUUGUUUUUGUUUUUUAUGAUGCAUUUCAAUGAAUUGUUUCUGUUUUACUGUUUACUGUUUUGUGAAUAAGUUCAUGUAAAAUAUCCUCCCUCCUCAGAAAACGGUUGUAUUUGGCAAGUUGUGCCUUACGUGGCAAAUGAAGGUGUAACUGUCAGCCUUAGUCAGCCAUUGACCUACAAACAGCUGUAAACUCAUUUAAGUCUAAAACCUUUGCAACCAGGAGCUUUUUAAAAAAUCCUGCAAGCAUCCCCUUUUAAUCUCCUGGAACCAACUUUUGCUUUCAAGUAGAAGUUGGAGUUGUCGCUAAACAAGAUUAGUUUUGUCAGAUAUUCAUGAAGCAGUCAUUCCAACUUUUUAGCACAUUUAGUUAAAAGUCUUGUGUUGACUGUCGUUGGUCGACAGUGUGGCAUGUCGGUCACUAUAAUGCCCGUGACCACUCAGUGUCUGUCUGCUGAGUUUUAGCCGUGCUCUCUGCUGUUUUUGUGACCCGGUGUGGUUUUAAAGUCGUCUGUGCUGUUGUAAGAAGUGAGUGACGUUGAAUGAAGAUCUGGGUGUGUUAGAGAUGUUUCUGUUUUCUCAUUUUUACAGUAAUGAGAUUGUCAACAAAUGUGUCCCAUCACAUAUAGGAUUGCUGCUGUGUUUUACUUUCAGUAGUCAAUGGAAUUAUACACCUGCAGAUGGAUAGUCAGUAAAUUAAGCUUACUUAAUAUUUGCUCAUUUCUGUUGAGUCAUGUUUUUGUUCAAAGCCUAUUUGUAUUACAGAGUUGCAUCUAAUGCAUUACAGACCAACCGUUGUGGUAAACAUGAGCAUACUGUUUGCAGUCUACUGAUGUCAACUCACAGGAUUCCAGGGUAUUGCAGUUGAAUUGCUAUUGAAGUUGCAUUGCUCUUUAAAUCAGCAUGUGGUCAGAUGGGAAGUGAUCGAAAGAAACCUGAUGCCUUUCUUAGUGUAGUGUGUGUAUGUGUGUGAAGGUGGGGGGGUUCUACAUUGGGGUUUCAGUCAGUUUCUCGUGUUAUCUUCCUGGACACAGACAGUUGAAGCUUAAAUGUCUCCUUCUGCACUAACAGGCACUUGUGACAUUUACAUGUAAACGUUUCACUGUUCAACUAUUUCUCUCACAUUUUGUUGUAUUUUAGUGUGUGUGUGUGUGUAUGUGUGUGUGUUUGGGGUCGUUAUUGUGGGUGAGAGGUCAAAAGAGGAUAAUAUAAGCAGAGAGACAACCGUGUGCUUCAGUCUAUGGAGAGAGAUGUUAGAGAGGAAAUGGGAAAGAGGAGAUUUGUUUUUGUUUUUGUUUUAUUUUUAAGAGGGGGGUGAAGUACAGAAGGAGCACAUUUUCAGAUCACAAUAUGAACUGCUAGUUUUAUACAGCGACCGUUAGUGCUGUAUUACUAAUGUCGACCCUCCUCCUGGCAACGGACCAAAAGUACACGUUACCGUGGCGGUGUUGUUUCCGUAGAGACAGUGUAACCGCUGUAGAGGCGGCAGAGUUGUUGGCAUGGAGACAGUGCCGGUGGAUGCAGGAGGGGUUAAUGUGUAUUUUUUAGAGGUAGAACCUUUCUAACAUUACAGCCAUCGCACAAAGCAGAUGGGAAACUAACCUGAGUAGGAAUGUAGAAAGUUUAUUUAUUUAUUUUUAGAAAACUGUUUUUUAAUGUUACUAGUCCCUCUAAUUUGUUUACAGUGCAUUUGGUGGAAAGUGCUUUACAAAUAAAUCUUGAGUUUUUUUCCACUCUG